UAUUUCGUUUGUUACAGCAAUUCUAGCGAUAACAUCCUCUGACCUACUCCAGCGCCUUAGGAUAUAUAAACCCAGGCAUCUCCACAGCUGAAGACUCGUCCCCAUCAUCAUGGCUUUGUUGAAUGCGAUUGCGAUAGUGUUGUCGUUAGCGGCUGUCUCAGCAGACGCUUCUAUCAUCUUCGACGUCGCCGACGUCGAGGUGACGCCGGGACAGACGCUGACGCUCUCCUGCGGCGUCAGACAAGAGUUCCGUCACUGUUUAUGGGAGAACGAGAGAGGAGACAUCUUCCAGGUUGAGGAUGUCCACGCCGGCGUCCACCCGGGGUUGAGAGCGCCGGAGGACCUCACAGACAACCAGUGCGGCGUCGUCAUCGACUCCGUCAGCGUUGAGGACCUCGGGGCGUGGACCUGCAGGGUCUUCCUGGCUGGCCGGACGCUGCUGGCGUCUAGGAACGUUGGGAAAACUCAGGCAGAGUCGUGUCCCGAUCCGUUCGUGCUGCUGGGAGGACAGUGUUAUUACUUCCAUACAAGUACUACGUUAAGCUGGCAAGACGCCCGAGAGUACUGCUGGUCUAUGGAUACUGCCGCUGAUCUGGCCGUGGUUGAUGACUGUCAUCAAUUUGCAAUUAUCUGGGACCAUAUCCUCAUAUACUAUACUGGAAAAUGGUUCUGGGUCGGCGGCACUGACCUUGGACAGGAAGGUGAAUGGUACUUCAUAAAUGGAAACCCAGUGCCAAUGGGGCUUCCCUUCUGGCUUCCUGGAAGCCCCAACGACGAAGGAAAUUGUCUUGAUAUCAGCGUCAAUAGUGGAUACUUCAACGACUACCCGUGUGUCAACAAAGGCAGCUUCAUCUGUCAGAUAAUGUGAACAAAACAGUGGCAGUGACAUGUCAUGUCAUGUCAGUGUUUAGCGUUGACAUGACACGGAUUUGUAAACAAUACACGGCUCCAGACACCUGUGAUUCUUGUUGUUACAAUACACUUAAGUAACUUACUAUAACAUUUCAACUAAAGGAUUACUGAAGUAAAUUAUACGUCAUUACAUGCAUUCUAUUUCAUCAGAUUUGUAUUUAUUUUAUCAAACUACAGUGGAAAUGUUGUGGAGACAAAUAAAAGGCCCUGAAACAGACCUCAUAUAGGCAAAGUUGAGGACUGUGUUAUUAUCCAAUAUAUUAUUAUGCAAUGAAUAUUUAAAUAAAUUGAUUUAGCAAAUAACAAA